AUGAGUGCAGGAACAACUGGAUAUAAACGGCUGAGAAAGCCAGAGGAGACGAAAAUGAGAAUAAGAAAACAUGAUUCAUAUGAAACAUCUAAUCCCAUGACUUCAUUGCUAGUAGAUGGUGUGGCUGAAAAUAGACAUUUGGAGCAUCAAAUACUUGAAUCAAUAGGCAUUCGAACAGAGCCUGCAAAUAGUGCUCAAGAAGCUAUGCAACUUUUGUUGACUGGUGCUAAUUUUGACAUCAUAUUUGUUGAUUUUGAUUUUCCAAUAAUAAGUGGACCUCAGUUUGUGAUGGAUAUGCGUGCACUGGGGAUACAAAGCAAAAUAGUUGGCAUGUUGUCAAAUUUUAGUGAUCAUAAUUCACAAAUGUUUUUUGAAGCAGGAGUUAAUGGUAACACUCAGAAACCUUUGACUCGAGAAAUUUUUGAACACGUCAUUCAAAUCAUUCACCUCAUAUGA